AUGGUAGUGGACUCUCCAGAAGACGAAGGCGAGAGGACAAGGAAGGAAGUCGACAUAUCCGAACCGCCUACGUUCCCCCUGUUCAUGGACCUACCAAAAGAGCUCAGAGAUAAGAUCUUGCUCUCGUCACAGGCCCCAAUCGUCAUGGAGGGCUUCGCAGUGAUGGAUGAAGAGUGGAGAGGGGGACCGCAAGCACACUUUCGCUCGUACAGGUCCUGGCAUCAAAUCCCCCUCUACGCCGUUAGCCGCGAGACGAGAGCGCUGGCCAUCACCUUCUUCGGCGAACCGGAUCCGCUCUCUGUACCAUUCAACGCAGCUCAAGACGCUAUUCUCUUGGACUGGGAUGGUUCCAAGCAGGUUCAGCGUGGCUGGACGGGCAAUCACAGAAGCCCCGGACCCGUACUGACGACUCACCGAUGGAACGCAUCCGAGGAGUGGGCGAUGCCGAGGAAUCUGUGCGAUAGAAUCCACCACGUCAAGGUUGACGCGCGCCACGCUCCUUCCGAGAAUGCAGACAAGGGAGAGAAGGCAUCUUGGCGGCUUGUGUUUGGGCUUCUCAAGGAGCACUUCCCUAACAUGACGAUAAUAGAGGUGCAGCUGUCAGACUUGGACGACAAGAGAUUCGAGGGGACGUACGAUCCGGUGGGCCAAGAGCUUUAUAGGAUUGAUCAGCUGGAUCUUUUUGAUGAGCUGGAAGAAAUGUCUGAAGAUGGACGGGUACCGUUCCAGAGCUUAAGGCGCUUCAUUGUCACACCGGAACUCCAGACUCCUCUUCAGGCCGAGAGAGAGAUUCUGAAGUUCCGAAAGGUGGGAGGUAGCCAUUUCAAAGUCUUGAGACAGGGUCAAAUUCCCAAGGCUGGACAGUAA